GCCACAUUCUCAGCCAAAGCUAAUGAUUUUUCUGUGCUGAAUCUUAUCACUGUUUCAUAUUUGAUUCCACAAAGUCAAUGUCAUUGAUUUUGUUACUCUGAUUCUGUGGUCUAUGUCAUAUGCAUUCACUGAAGCUGUUGGCGGAUGAAAAUCUUUACUCCUUUUUCUACCCUUUGUUUGUGUCCUGUCCCUGCAGGUGCUUUCGAGGAUGAGGAUAUCAUCCAUGUUGAGGGGACAGUGGACCCAGUGAGAGAUAUGGAGAUCAUCCACGAGGAGCUGAGGCUGAAGGAUGAGGAGAUGAUCGGGCCUAUUAUUGACAAGCUGGAGAAGACGGCCAUUAGAGGCGGUGACAAGAAACUCAAACCAGAAUAUGACGUUAUGUGCAAAAUAAAGAGCUGGGUAGUGGAUGAAAAGAAGCACGUCCGCUUCUACCAUGACUGGAACGACAAGGAGAUCGAAGUGCUGAACAAAUACUUGUUUUUGACGUCCAAACCAAUGAUCUACCUCGUUAAUCUGUCUGAGAAAGACUACAUAAGGAAAAAAAACAAAUGGUUGGUGAAAAUCAAGGAGUGGGUGGACAGUCAUGACCCCGGAGCCUUGGUCAUCCCCUUCAGCGGCAACCUGGAGAGCAAGCUGCAAGACAGCAGUGACGAGGAGAGGCAGAAGUACUGCACGGAGCACAAGACGCAGAGCGCCCUGAGCAAGAUCAUCAAGGCAGGCUACGCAGUCCUGCAGCUGGAGUACUUCUUCACCACCGGCCCAGAUGAGGUCCGUGCCUGGACCAUUCGGAAAGGAACUAAGGCUCCACAGGCUGCGGGGAAGAUCCACACGGACUUUGAGAAGGGCUUCAUUAUGGCAGAAGUAAUGAAAUUCCAGGAUUUUAAAGAGGAAGGCAGUGAGAACGCUGUCAAGGCAGCUGGGAAAUAUAGACAACAGGGACGGAACUACAUCGUUGAAGACGGAGACAUCAUUUUUUUCAAAUUCAAUGCACCAAAUGCCCCAAAGAAGAAGUGACACAAAUAUAAUAUCUGUGUUUACAUCAUCAUUACGUUUUUUCUUUCUUUUUCUCUCACUUCUCUUUAGGGAAGUGAUGGGGCGGGGGCCAUUUCUAACUUUAUUUUCCUGUCCUGUUGGAUCGAAUCGCUCCCCAUAUGCCAAAACACAGGUUUAGUAAACUCUGACAGCUUCUCUAUUUAAGAUCAGGAUCGGCCCCCACUCCAAAUUGUAGCAGCAUUUGAAGGAGCAUAAUACUCUCCAGAUACUUCAUUAAUCUCCAUCACGGGUGCCAGCCCUGACACAGCUGACAGUGGGGACAAUGCCACCUGCUCUUCUCCCCCUUCUGCAGAUAAUACGUGUUUUACAGUAGGCCAGAUGUCUACACUCAAUAAAACAUUUGACAAAACCAGUCGGUGUGUGUUUUGGGAUGUCUGUAUUGAGUGGGGAGCUGCAUGGGGAUGGUGAUAGCGCUCCUGCCGACCGCU